AUGCUAACAUGUUUCCUCCUAAGCUCUCUAAAAUACUUCUUGGUUAGCCUCUUAAUCCUACUUCUCUACUUCAGCUACACUACGAUAAUUCAGCCUUAUUUCAUGCGGAGGAGGUAUAAGCGGUACCCAAACGUAGCCCUGUCUCCGAACUUCAUUCCUGUUCUAGGCGAGAUCAAAAUCUGUAUGGACAAUAUGAGCCAAGGUAGAUUUAUAUUUGAGCAUUAUGAGAAGGCAGCAUUAGAAAAGGGGAAAGAUCUUAUGCUGAUAUUUUCAGGAGAUUUACCACAGUUCUUACUUUUCUCAGUUAAGGCUCAUGAUGAGUUUUUGAAGCUCUUUCCGAAGAAAUUAGACAGAAAUGAUUAUUUUCGAGAUACGAUUCUCAAGAUCAGCAGUGGGUCAAUGGAUCAGAUGAGGACUACAAGCCUGCAGAAGAAGAUUAAGAAGGAGUUAAUGUCUUCCCUAGGAUUGAAUACCUUAUCAAAGAAGAUUCCUGAGAUUAUCCAGAUCCUUCAGCAGCAUCUGGCUUCAUGGCCCACAAAAGAUUUUGAAGAUAUUUCAGAUUAUUUAAGUUCUCUUACUUUUGAUAUCAUUAAUCACUCAAUAUUCGGUAAAUGCUACACUAAGAUCCCUGAUUGUAGGUACAUCAAUGAAUCUGGUACAGUGGAGACUCUUAAAUUUGGGAAAUGUUUCCGUAAGGUCUUGUCAGAUACCCUGAAUCAUUAUUUCACUCCUGUCGCUAAGUUCUUUCCUGCUGUUAGCAAGUACAACUUGGUCAAGCCUUAUAGUACGGAUAAGAAGAAUGUAGAUGAGAUCGACCGUAUUUUACUCAAGUUUGUUAAAGAAAAUUUUAAUCAAGAGUCAAGUCGUGCCUGAGCCUUUGAGGAGAUCAAGAAAGGGCUAGAUUUUGAGAACCAAGAGUUGUUGCUAAAUGUUAAAAUGCUGUUUGUAGCUGGAAUGGAAACACUUGCUAACAUGCUUUCAUCAUCGCUUCUGUACCUAAAGAGGUACUCAGAGCAUGACAAAUCCAUCAAGCAAGAAAUUUUAGAGCAUAUUUGUUCUCUCCAAUCCAUUGAUCAGAGCAGUGAACACCCUGAGGAUACAGAUUUUGCAACAAAGUUCGCUCAAAGCAAAUUCAAUCUGACAAAGGAGAGUUUGUACCAAUUAGACCAUCUCUCAGUGUUCAUGAAGGAAGUCAUGAGACUUGAUUCACCUAUUCCAGAGAGUCUACCUUAUAAAGCUCUUGAUGAUAUCCAAAUCUGUGGUGUUCCAAUUCCGAAAGGCUCCUUUAUAGCACUCAAUAAUGUCGGAAGACAUCUGAACGCUGCUGAAUGGAGAGAACCGAUGGAGUUCAACCCAACAAGAUUUGACCCAGAAAGUGAGUAUUAUGAUUCGCCUCAGACAGGGAAACCAAGAGAUGCGAUAUCUUACUCACCUUUCUCUAUUGGUGAAAGAAAGUGCCCAGGUCAAGCGCUUGCCUUACUCGAAGGAAAAGUUGUGUUGUCUUACUUGCUAGCUCAUGUUGACUAUGAAAUUCCAGAAGAAAUGCUAUCAAACCCAAACAUCAGGUUUGGAGCAGGGUCUCAUUUUAAGCUCAAAAUGAGAUUGACCAAGUUCUAUUCUUCUCUUUAGUGAUCUUUCCAAUA